GCUGUGCGAAGGUGUUUAUUUUACAUUUUAAUUGCGUCUCUGGCAUAAAUUGAUAUGCACCUAGCUAUAGUACCUUUAUAGCUCACCACAAGCUGUCGUAAAUAGAGUUAAAGACAAAUUUAAGCAUACAAUUUAUUGGCAAUUCGCUCUUGUGCUUUAAAGAAGAUGGUUAUUGAGUAGAUGCAAAAGUGCAGCUAAAAUUAUGCUAUAAAAGUUUGUAAAUCCUUACAUAAUCCUAUCCGGUUAAAAAAGAAAAAAAAACGCAAAAAAAACAAACACAAAAAAAUCGAAACAAUCGAUUCGAAACCAUUUGUAGGCCAUCUGAACAAAUUGGGGCGCUUUUAAUAAUAUAAGGGAAUUUUUUAGCAUCGUAAUAAAUGUGUGCCAUAAUUGCAUUUCAUCUUCAUGCCACUGCAUAAAUUGCAAAAACAUUUGAAUACAUCGGAAAAAAGGCUAAACAAAAUAAGUGCAGAAAGAGAAGAUUUAUGGAUCUCAAGUAGUCGAUUAAAUACCACAUCCAUUUAUAUUUCUUAGUAUUUAGAUUGAGUAAACCGCCAAAUUGGCUUCACAAAGCUCUAUCCUUGACAUUUACAUUAUGGCCUGGGAGCAUGGCAGCUCUCCGGUGGACUGGUGUGAAGGAAAUUACCAGAUAUCUUCAAAUAUAGCUGAAUUUGUAAAUACGACAAGUAAUUUUCUUUUUUUACUCCUGCCGCCACUUUUGAUAUAUUUAUUCAAGGAGUAUGGUCGCUUCGUAACACCCGGCAUACACGUACUCUGGGUACUUCUUAUAAUAGUGGGUUUAAGCUCAAUGUACUUCCAUGCAACGCUCAGUUUAAUAGGUCAAUUACUUGAUGAGCUGGCGAUUUUAUGGGUAUUCAUGGCUGCCUAUUCAUUGUUCUUCCCAAAAAAGUAUUAUCCAAAGGUCUUCCGCAAUAACCGGAAAUUAUUCAGUUCAUUUAUGUUUCUUUCGGCAAUCUUUGCGACAGUGCUGUCAAUUUGGAAACCCAUAGUUAACGCGUUUGUACUGAUGGGUAUGGGCGUGCCAACAAUGCUAAUGAUGUAUCGACAGUUACAAAGAGUGCGAGAUCAGCGCGUUUAUCGAUUGGGCUUGCGUUGUACGGCCGUUUGGCUUGUGGCCGUCUUCUGUUGGAUCAACGAUCGUAUGUUCUGCGAUGCAUGGUCAGCAAUUAAUUUUCCGUAUCUGCAUGGUUUCUGGCAUGUUUUCAUAUUUAUCGCCGCUUAUACCGUUUUGGUUCUAUAUGCGUACUUCUACGUCGAAACCGAGCUGCCACAACGACAACCGCUGCUAAAAUAUUGGCCUAAAAAUGAUUUCGAAUUUGGCAUACCAUUCAUCUGUAUACGAAAUCCGGGCAUGACCAUCAAGAGUGCUAUAUAAAAUAUUAUAAUUGUAUAUGUACACGCAUACAUAUGUUUUUACGUAUGUAAUGUAUGUAUCUCAAUGUACACAUGUACAGGUGCACAAGAGAUAAGAAGAGUCACAUAUAGAAAAGACAAAUUAUUUAGUAUUUCAAAUUUACAACGUUUUUAUUAGUACAAGUGCGGUAGAAUAUAUGACAAAAUAGUUUAUAAGCAGUAGUAUAUACAUACAUACAUCGUAUUAGCGAAACAGAUUUAUAAUUGAUGCUUAGAGAGAUGCAAAAUAUGUACUUUGUGAUGCCAAAUAUUAAUAUGUACAUUUAAGCAGUUAUAAUUGCAUAGCCUCGAUGUAUAUACAAAAUAUUGACCUCUCUAUCGUCCUUAUCAUUACAAAGGGCCUAAAGUGGUAAUUUCGUAAACAAUUUUAAAAUUGAAAUUAAAUUAAGUUGAUAUUUAAUUAGUGGAAGCCUUGCCAGUCCACCCUUUAAAAAAAUAUGCCAAAAAGCUGCAACUAACCCUAAGUAUGGCUACGGUGACCAUCCGUUUUUCAAAGGUCGAUCCUGCGUACUUUUUCAAACCUGAAAACCUGAAAAUGUACUGAUUUUUUCCAAGUGUCCUGCAUUUGGCCCGCAUUUU